AGCCAGGACUAAUUAGAGUCAUAGUACGUUUGCCAAAUGAUGUGGAGCUUACAUGGAAUAAGGAACAAGAGGGCAGUUUUAAUGCCCUCAAGAGCACCUUCACGAAAGCUCCAGUGUUAGCCUUUUCGGACUACAUAAAACCAUUUACCAUGUGUACUGAUGCCUCGGGCCUAGGUUUAGGGGCGGUGCUCAUGCAAACUAAUUAUCGAGGAAAGUGGCGGCGGGGUCAAAAACGUGGUCUGUUUAAUUUUGUAGGAUUAAUAAGUAACACCUUCUUUGGUACGGCAACCGCCGAAGAUGUGGCUAAACUAGGAAAUAAAAUGAGUGCAGUUUCACACGAGGUUAGGAAACAAAAUACGACCAUUGCUCAGUCCUACAAGGCAAUACAAACUCUGGCCUCUCAUAUGAAUGCUAUUGUUGAACGAACUAAUCAACUAACACAAGUUGUCGAGGGAUUCAUUCG